UUUGCUUCCUUUUGGGUCUUCCUUUCCCCUUUUCCCCCUUUCUCUUUAUUAAUUAUGUUUCAACUUCAACCUCCCAAGGCUAAUGAUUUCGCAUAGCUGCCGAGGAAUCUGAGGAGAUGUGACAGUGUACACACAUUAUAGUGUCGUUAUACUUCUACAGCACUUCCAAGAAAUUAACAGAAGAAGAAGAAGAAGAAGAAGAAGAUUUGGCCAUGGAAGAUCUCAUUGAUUGUUUCCCAUUUAUGUCUGCAGCAAAAUGCUUCUUUUGACCUUGUUUCCUUUUCUCUCUGGGUUUUGGCUUCUGGGGUUUUUGCCUUUUGGGGUUUUGGUUAAUUCUCCAUCUGGGUUUUUGCUCUAGCUAGCUGAAUUUAUACCAUUGUGAUUACAAUGUUUGUGUCUCAGUACCAAGCCAUGGGUGUGAACAAUGUGGGUGACACCACCUACACCAAGAUCUUCGUUGGGGGAUUGGCUUGGGAGACUCAGAGAGAAACCAUGAAACGACAUUUUGAGCAGUUUGGAGAGAUCCUUGAAGCUGUUGUCAUCACUGAUAAAUACACUGGAAGAUCAAAAGGAUAUGGCUUUGUUACAUUCAAGGAUCCAGAUUCCGCAAUGAGGGCAUGCCAAGAUCCCUCCCCUGUGAUUGAUGGAAGGAGAGCUAAUUGCAAUCUCGCAUCUCUGGGUGCACAGAAGAAUCGCCCACCAGCUCCUUCACGAGAAAAAAUUGCAGGAACGGAGAGAUUCAGACCAACAACUUGGUCCAUGGUGCCACUCUCCUACCGCGGCAUAGCAUUUCCCUACUCCACUUAUGGGUAUUCUGGGUAUCCACAGCCACAAGAUAUGCACACAAUGAAUUAUUACAAUGGAUAUGGUGGGCAGCAGGUUUCAUCUUAUUACACUGGUGCAGCUUCUGGGUCCCCUGGGAUUUAUUACAGUUACUAUCCUUUCUAUGCUCCUCAGUAUGGGCAGAGCAGUUCAGCCCAGCUGGGGUUUGGGAUUCCCAGCCCCCAAACAGUCCAAUACUCACAUUUGCCACAGCAAUCCCGUGGCGUCGGGGCAUUCUCGUUCCCGGCUGCGUCGGUUUCCCCUUCGACUUCUUCCAUGAUCACUUCCGCAACGGUAGGUGCGGCAACAGUGGCGGUGGGAGCAGCGGCAGGAGCGGCCGCGACAGCCUCUGCCUCUGACCAGAAUUCAUCAGCCUAAUUUUGAUCGAGGAGGAACAGAUGUAGAAGCAGAGUUACAGAGACAGAAAAGGGAAGGCAAGGAAUGGAGCAUUGGAAGCAGGGAAGAUUGAUUCAAUUCAUGCUCUCAAGUUUGAUCCAUGAGCAUUUUUGGAUAGACAAUAUAGAGAAAUGGCAAUUCUGAUUUUAUUUAUUGAUUGUUUAACACGGCUGAGGGAGGAUUGAUUCAAUUCAUGCUCCAAAUUUGAUUACCCAUUCUUUUGAUCGAUUUGAUUUAUUAAUCCGUGUGUUUAUGGUUCAGAACAUAAUUAUUAUUUUUUUAA